AUGGAAGUCCCUGCUGAGGAAAUGGAGAUGGCUUCUCCUUACCAGGGGCAGGCUGAUGACUUUGAUAUUGACAUCGACCUAAUGGAUGAUCAAGAGCAAGAUCACGCCUCAAACUUGGAUAGCGAGAUGAUGGGAGCUGAUGAAUUUCACAAUAACUCUCAACCCUCUCUUUUCCCAAAUGAUGUAAAUGACGAUGCUGACAUGGCCGAGCCUUCUGCUGAAGGAUCGAUGGUUGAUGCCGAUAAUGAUGUUGAAUUUCAGUACGAUGACACAACAUAUGAAGCAGAAAUGCAAGAGAAUGAUCAUGAUGAAAUUUUGGACGCAUCCCAUCCUAUCGUCCAGAUUGAAUCCAUGUCCCAUCUCGAAAACGUGAUGGAUGAAUUUGAAGAAACUACAACGGAAGUAGGCCACAAAUUUAUCAGCGACGCCCAAGAAUACCCCCCUCCAACUGAAGACACACCCGCCGAGACUGGACAACGAGAGACUGGACAGCAAGAGACUGGAAAGCAAGAGACUGGAAAGCAAGAGACUGGAAAGCAAGAGACUGGAAAGCAAGAGACUGGACGGCAAGAGACUGGACAGCAAGAGACUGGACAGCAAGAGACUGCACAGCAAGAGACUGCACAGCAAGAGACUGGAGAGCAAGAGACUGGAGAGCAAGAGACUGGAGAGCAAGAGACUGAAGAGCAAGAGACUGGAGAGCAAGAGACUGGAGAGCAAGAGACUGGAGAGCAAGAGACUGGAGAGCAAGAGACUGGAGAGCAAGAGACUGGAGAGCAAGAGACUGCACAGCAAGAACAGGCCAUAGCUUCGGAAAACACCCAAGUGGAAAAUACCCAGCCCGAACUAUCCCUCAUUCCCGAGAAUACCGAAACCACUGAGGAUAUUACCUCUGGCGCCGAAUCUAACAAGCCCGCGGAAGGCAAUAUUGAAGCCGCUCGAGACGGCACAUCUCCCAAGGCCCUAGAGGGCUUCGAGGACCGUCAGGCUGAGCCAUCCAACGAGGCGGAAACCGAAAGUCUUGUGCCUGUCGAGGGUGAUGAGUUGAAGAAUCAGCUCACUCAUGAUAACGAGUCCCUCCAUCCGGUCAAAGUUUCUUACCAGGAUAGUGAGAUCUCGCUUUUUCCUCCCCUUGAAGGUGAUUCUGCAGAGACAUUCUUCUUGCAUGAUGAAGAUCUUGCCUACAGCUCUGUCGGUAUAUUGUUUGAGUCUCUUCGCACAGUUCUUAUGGGUAGUAUUGCUGAGAGCGAUAUUCUUGUUAUUGAUGUCGAUGCUCUCGGUGUCCAAAUAACAGAGGACUCCCAGCACACAUCCAAGAUCACGUUGUAUCAGAUUAUAGAUAUCUACCUUCGACUGUGUCAUAAUGACGAGAUUGAGGAGCCCGAAGCUCUGUACAUCACCCUCACCAGUCAACCAGCAGCUCACUUGGAAUUAGCAAGUCUCGAAGCUGCUGCCAAUGAAGGAAAAGGUCUAUCCCAGAUUAGUCCUUGUGAUUAUUUCGAGGUUGACUCAACCUCAGAGGAUGAUACACAGUACAUUGAGGAGGCCCAUUCCGAUCCUGUCCAACAUGAGUCAGGUGUAGAUUCAACUUCUCCAAAAGAAGUUUUGAAUGGCGACGAGAGUCGUGGUGAGAGCCAUGAAGAGGGCCAGGAGACCAACGUUGGACAGGAAGAAAAUCUUCAGAAUGAUUACCAACUCGAGUCCGGGGAUGGCCAGAAUGACCCUGAAAGUGCUGUUGCAGAAGUCCAGGAUGAACAAGAAACUUACCCAGAAGAAGAGACCGAUUUCCAUGAAGAAAACGCAACUUACAGUGAUCGUGAGAAUGACGAAGUGGGUACUCAUAUCGACGAGCUAGGGUCUGGAUCCACGAGCACCCUUGCCCCAGAGGAGCAACCUGAUUUAGCAGACGUCGCUGAAGAUGGUUCCCAGCAAGAUGACUUCAAUCUUGAAACUGAUCAAGGUUUUGAUAAUGAAGGUGUUGCUGGCGAAACUAAAACCUUGGAUCUUGAGGCAUCUGGCUUGGAUGAAGACUUCGUUGGAGAGAAUGACGAAGAAAAUGAGAAUCACCCUGCACCUACUGAGGGUGAAGAUGCCUUGGAUGAACAGGACCACGCACCUGAGUAUGAAGAUGCCACGUACAUCUCGGCUGGCAACAUCCCCCAUCAAGAACAGACACCUGAACCUGAGAAUUAUCUGCUUGGUAUUGCUGAGGAUUUGAUGAAGACCCCUGCUCGGGAUCAGCAAGAAGAUCUAAUUGACUAUGACUACGAAGACGAGUUCCCUGAGGAUGACCAAAACAUUCAAAGCAUUUAUGCUGAUGUGAAGGGCUCCUACGAUGAACUGUCUGGCAAUGUUGAAACCAAUUCUGAUUUUGAAGAUGGUGAUUUUAAAUAUGGUGAUUUUGGCGAGGGCAUGGCUCAUGACUCCGCCCAUAUUGACUCCAAUGUCUUGCCCAAUCCUUCCGCCAAACGGUGUCGAGUGGAUGAAGAGGAAGAGGAAUUUGUUGACACGAACUCGCCUGAUAUCAAACGUCGCCGAUCCUAA